UUCUAGAAAGCAGCCACGGUGGGAUUUCAAAAUCCGAAAACUUAUCCGAAAGUACGGACAGGUCCACCGCGAUAGUUAGAUACGAUAACCCUAAUCCGCGUCCUUGGCGUGCGGGCUGUGAUCAGAGUGAGUGAAACGAUCGUCCCGUCCCAACGGAGCAGGCCUUAGCCCAGGAGCAGCAUCGGCUGUUGGGUCGUAGUUUUUAGUGUACACUGUGCCGUCAAAGUCGCACCAAACGGAACGGCUGUUUAAGUAUUCCGGCGAGCGGAUUUACUGUGAGACGUGCACCGUGUAACGGGCGUGCCGGUAAACGGGUGUGUCAUCCGCGUGCCACCAGGAUACUAUACUCUACGUAAGCAGCAACAAUGACGCUGGCCGAGUUCCUUAAUCCUUCGCCCGAGCAGGUGAACGAGCUGCGGCAACUUUUCAAAGAAAAGUUAGUGAAAGACGCUGCCAAGAUCCCAGCUGGUGGAUUCCACGAACAUGACAUGAAAUGGGUGUUCGAAGGUGACGGAUGGUUGAUAAAAUUUCUCGAGAACAACGAUAUCAUCAUGAAAGACUCCUUGAAGCAGCUCUGGGAAACGUUGGAGUGGAGGAAAGCAUCUGGCAUCAAUGAGAUACGAGAGGACAACAUCCGCAUGGAGUACGUUAACGAUGGACUGAUGUUUCCGCGUGGUCGCGAUUUGGACGGAAAGACGGUGUUUAUCUUCAAAUCGAAACUCUACGUUCGCGGGUCACGAAAUUUGGACGAUUUGAAGAAGUGCUUCCUGUACUGGAUCGAGCGGAUAAUUCGCGAAGCAAACGAUGAUCUCGUGACGAUCGUGUUCGAUCUCACCGACGCAGGCUUAAGCAACGUAGAUAUGGAUUACACGAAGUACAUCAUAAACACUUUGAAAAACUAUUAUCCAUGUUCGCUCAACUACAUCCUCAUAUACGACUUGCCAUGGAUAUUAAACGCCACAUUUCAAAUUAUAAAAAAACUUCUACCUGCCAAAGCCGUCGAUAGGCUGCGAAACAUUAACAGCAAAAACAUUCGCGAGUACAUUGACGAGGACAACAUGCAAAAGUGCUGGGGUGGCAAGGAUGAGUACGUGUUUACGUUCGUACCGGAAAGUCGGAAAGCGAUCGGAUCGAUGGAGCUCCAGUUGAACCACAAUAAUAAUAAUGGAAUGACAAACGGGUUCCUGUCGAAAAAGGUGCAUUUCGCGAACCUCAGCCCACCGGAAUCGCCAAUGAACGAAAAAGCCACCAACAGUUUCCCAGAGCAUAACGAAGGCGAAAUGCUGCGGAUAAAGCCACAGAACAACAUCAUAUUUGCCAAAUCGGGCAACGAACUAGUCGGAUCGGUGGAAAUUACCAACGUAGACAGUAGGGCUGUUUCGUACAAGGUUAAAACAACGGCACCGGAGAAGUUUCGCGUGCGGCCAAGCACGGGAGUGUUGCUGCCGUCUGCGAGCGUCACAAUAAACGUGGCACUGCAGCAUGGCCACCAAGUGAGCGCGAUCAAUCGCGAGAAGUUCCUGGUGAUGUGUAUGGGGAUUUCGAACGAGCUGUGUAACAACCCAACGGAACUGGCUGAGCUAUGGAAGAUCACUUCUGCCAAGAGUGCCUCCGUGGAGCAGCACCGACUGAAAUGUGCGCUACCGGUUAACUAUGACGAAAGCGGUCUGGAUGCCCUGUUUGCCAGCACCGGUACCGGCCACGGCACCGAGCAGUACGGUGGUCCGACGCCGGCGGGGUAUGGCUCGGGUGGUGUCCGAGGUGACCAAUUGGUGCAUCUGCAGCAAACGAUUUCGCACCUGAGCGAGACGACGCACCGGCUCGAGGGCCAGGUGAGGUUAAACCAGAAACUGCAGUGGAUCACGUGCAUCCUGUUCAUGCUGCUCUCGGUGGCCAUUGUGUACAUACUGAAGGUGGAAAUCAAAGCCAAUGCAACCGCUACAGAUUGCGAUAGUAUGGAGCACCACUAGAGCGCCACCGCCGUGUGUGUUACGCUACUCUCGAAGGCCGUUCGAUCGCUUUAACCGUCGGUAUGCGGUGCUGGUGCCAGCUCGUUUCAUUCCUGUUUUCCCCCGUUAUGCCAAGUUUCCGAGCCCUAUGCUAAGCCCUUGUUACGUUUGUUCUGUUUGUACGCUAUUCUUUAUUAGGUGAUCGUUAGGUUAAAUGCAUUUGGUUCCGUGUAUCCCUUUUCCACUACGAAAUAUCAUGUUUGUGUUUUUGAAGGAAAUAAACAUUUACAA